AUGUCCUGGCUCAAGUUACACAACCCUACUAUAGACUGGCCUAAUAAGCAUAUCACUUUUAAUUCUCAAUAUUGUAACAACACUUGUCUUUCUGUUUCUAAUUCUAUCCUGGGAAAUGUUGGUGGGACUUCUAACCACCUUGAAGGCAUACCAGAAGACUUAGGAGGUGUUGAGGUAAUUGAACCUCUUGAAGGCAUCCCUAGGGAAACUGGAGGUACUGUGGAUUCUCCACUUGAAAGUAUCCCAGUAGAACUGCGCAAUUUUGCAGAGGUAUUUUCUGAGGACAUGAAGGUGAUGGAACUGCCACCGCACCGUCCUUUUGAUUUAGGGAUUGAUUUAAUUGACCCUGAUAAACCUGUUAAGGCUAUGGUAUACCCCUUGAAGGCAUCUGAUGAUGAGGAACUUAGAAAACUCCUCAAAGAACAACUGGACAAAGGGUUGAUUUGUCCAUCCAAGUCCAAAUAUGGUUCCCCAGUUCACUUUGUCAACAAGAAAAAUGGGAAAAGGCGUAUGGUUGUGGAUUAUAGAUCCCUAAAUGCAAAUACAGUCAAAAAUGCGUACCCCCUACUGUUAAUACAGUCUCUCAUUGAGAAACUAAGGGGCGCAAAAUAUUUUUCCACCAUUGACCUGAAAUCUGGAUACAACUUGGUCUGGAUAAAGGAAGGUGAUGAAUGGAAGACUGCAUUUAAAACCAAGUAUGGCCUGUUUGAAUACCUAGUCAUGCCCUUUGGGUUAUGCAAUGCUCCUGCUGCAUUCCAGCACUUCAUGAAUGAGAUAUUAAGGGACAUAUUGGACGUCUAUGUAGUAGUAUAUCUAGACAACAUCCUAAUAUUCUCAGAAAGCAGAGAAUUACAUACAAAACAUCUCCAAGAGGUACUGAAAAGGCUGCAAGACAAUGCAUGCUAUUGUAACCUGGAGAAGUGUAAUUUCUAUGCGUCUGAAGUAGAUUACCUUGGUGUUAUUGCCAAUGGUGAAGGAGUAAAAGCAGAUCCUAAGAAAAUUACUCAAGCGGUUGAUUGGGCAACACCGCGCUCUGUCAAAGGGGUUCAAGAGUUUUUGGGCUUUAUAAAUUUUUAUAGACGCUUCAUACAUAACUUCUCAAAAUUGGCACAACCCUUAUACCAAUUACUCCAAAAGAAUAUACCUUGGGAGUGGGGUGAACGCCAAGAAGUGUCUUUUAAAGCUCUCAAACAGGCUCUAAUUGAAUCCCCUGUAUUAAUCCAACCUGAUCCAUACAAGGAGUUUUUCCUUGAGUGUGACACCUCUGAUUUUGCAAUGGGCGCUGUCCUUAAUCAAAAGGACAGUGAUGAUAAAUUACACCCGGUUGCUUUCCUAUCAAAAUCCCUAGCACCUGCUGAAAGAAACUAUGACAUCUUUGAUAAAGAGUUACUAGCGGUAGUAAGGGCUUUAAAGGAAUGGCGUCACCUGCUGGAAGGAACAGUAAUCCCUGUUAAAAUACUGACAGAUCAUAAAAAUCUGGAGUAUUUUCAGACAAAAAGGGAUCUGAACCAAAGGCAGUUAAGGUGGAUGGGAUUUUUGGCAGAUUACAAUUAUAGGAUUGUGUAUAGGCUGGGCGCACAGAAUAGAAAAGCAGAUAUUCUCUCUCACCAUGAAGACCACAAGUCUGUGGUUAAAGAGGGGGGUGAAACCCCUGUGCUCAUAAGCCCAGAGCUUUUUAUUGCAGCUAUUCAAACAGAUAGUGACCUUAAUGACCUAAUAAGGGAUGCUCUGCAUGAUGAUAAAGCUGUACACAAGAUCCUUAAAUCCCUGGAAGAGGAUAUACCUGCAGGAGUCGUUGACUGGCACAAAGAACUUGUCAGAGUCCCUUUGACUGACUCUACGAAAGCAUUGCCAAUGUUUAUUCGGUCAGACCCCAGCUCACCCACAAAGAAAACCGGAAUGGCAGUUGCGACGAAGAGCAAUGUGCUUGCCGUAUUAAACCCUGGGAGCACCGGGAAUGUUGUGUGGCGAAGGGAGUUUGACCAAUCUGAGGGUCGGAUACUGCAGUACAAGACUCACCGCGAUGCCCUGGUCUCUAUAUCCGGGCCUGGGGGGUCACACGUCCGAUUAUUUGAAGCAUUUACCGGAAGCCUGCUUUGGGAACGCCAGCUACACUCGCCGUCGCUGGGGCGCUUACUCGAACCUGCCAAUCUCGGGGUAGACGUAGCGUUCUGGCACGAACUGAGCGAUAUUGACGCGUAUGUUCUCACCAAUGGGCACACAGUCAGUCGAUUGGAGGGAAAGUCAGGAAAGACAGUUUGGAGCUGGAACACAGAUGAUAUCAGCACUCUCUUGACACGCGUCGUUCUCUCAUCGACAUCUAUACAUACCGUUGGUCUGACUAAAACCGAUUCUUAUGCCCUGACGAUCACCACACUGGACCGCCAAACUGGCGCUCUGGUUUCCCAGUCCCAGAUACCCUCGCAAAUCACUCGUGGAAUGCGAGAUGUGUUUGUGCUCAAUACUCAUGAUACAAAAGCGCCUGCUGUGGUGUGGUUCGAGAAGCACGAUGGAACAUUACACUCGGUUGUAUUAGAUUCGAAUAUCUUAUCGCCUGAAAUCGCAUCGACCAAGACCAGGUUUGCCAAGGUGCACGAUGUGCAACUUGACAAUGAAGGGUUGUUUGUUGCCGAGACCAAAGAUGAGCUUCCGUAUGUAUUUGGUAUGUAUUCGACUGGGCUGAAGCAAGAAUGGGAUUUCGAUGAUUCGGCUGUCUCCAAGAGCGAAACUCCAUCGUUGUUUAGCGGGUCACUUGAUCGAGAGGGAAAUGCAUACAUUGCUCGCGUAUUUUGGUCUCUCAGUACCGGCCUUGCCCAUAUUCACACGUACGCUGCUCAUGGAUCUGAAGGAAAAGGAAUCAGUACUGGCGCCACCUUCCCCUUCAAUACUGCUGAACACGGGGUGAUUGUGCACUGUGCCAUUGACGCGUUCAUGCCCCACUCUUAUAGCAUUCAACACCGCAUGCUUUUGACUACAUCGACUGGAGCAGUUCAACUCUGGCAACUACACGAUCUUCAAUGGACGCGCGACGAAGCGUUGACUGAUAUCAAAGUGGCCGCGCUCGUCGAUCUCCCGGAACGUAAGAUUGCGGAAGAGAUUGCGUCAUCCGAGCAUCGAGGGUUCUUGGAAAGGCUGAUUUUUCAUAUCGUUGCUGCCCAGAACCUCCCUCAAUAUAUUGCUCAGUUUUCGAAACGCUUUGCUACAGGGACGUACACUAUCACUCCCGGUUCUUCCUCAUCUCUCGACCGCGACCCAUUCGGAUUCCGUAAAGUGCUCGUCGUAGCUACGGGCUAUGGUACGCUACUCGGAAUUGACACGGCGCAAGGAAACGUAGUUUGGCGCAAGAUCAUUGGCGUCAGUUCGACCGGCCCAGCAGACGUGAUUCCGUUCAAGAUGUUUGUGACCAAGAGCGCACUAGAAGGACCUGAUCCAGAAGUCAUACUCGUCGCAGAGAAAAAGUUGCGCGGAAAAAAAACAAAGACCUCGGUGGUGUUCCAUUUCGCGGCGCUCACCGGACGUUGGGUUUCUGGCGGUGCUGCAGGGAUCCAGGUCUCGGAGACCGAGGUUGCGGAGGCGUUCAUUCUUCCUGGACAAUCGAACACGAUUGGGAUUGUCUCGGCGGACGGAAAAGUGCACGUUUACCCCAAAUCUCAACCUACAGUCGACGGAGCUUCUCAGUUAUACUUUACUCGUGCUAUUGGAUCUGAGCUACGCGGUUUUGCUCUUGAAUCUGACCUAUCUACCCCUGCCAUUGAAACAUGGAAGAAAGCGUUCACGUUGCCGGCCACCUUCCCCAAUACCGCUGCUUCCCGCCUCGAAGUCAUCCACCGCUCAGUAUCUCCAAUCGCAUCGUAUGGAAAGGUCAUGGGAGACCGGUCAACAUUGUACAAGUACCUCAACCCGAACGUCGCGGCCGUCCUCGCUGCGGAUUGUGCCGUGCGAGUCGUCGAUCUCGUUUCCGGAGCGAUUGUUUUUGAUUCGGGCGCUCUCCCUGCACCAUGUGUACCCCCCAAAGUCGCAUUUGUGGAGAAUUGGCUGGUUUAUGCUCAUGAGGUGGGCGGGAACUCGACGGACAAGGGGACCAAGGUCGUUUCUGUGGAGUUGUACGAGGGUCUAGGAAAGGACGACAAAACUCAUAGCGUUGAGUCUUCGAGUUUUUCGGAGAAGAGCGUCAAAAUGCAUGCGAUACAACAAUCAUUCCUUUUUCCAUAUCCUAUUGUGGCCCUUGGUACGACCAGUACCAAGUUUGGAAUUUCUACCAAGGGGCUUAUGUUGGCCACGUCCAAAAACCAAAUUUACCAUCUCCACCGACGUAUUCUUGACCCUCGUCGCCCUCUCCAAAAACCGACGGCUCAAGAUCAGGAAGAGAUGCUCUUCCAGUACGAGCCUGUUCUUCCACCCGACACACGGCGUAUCGUUACGCAUAAAAAUCAAGUCUUGGGGACAAAGCACAUCAUUGGGGCUCCGACCCUACUCGAGUCCACAUCCUGCGUUCUCGCGUAUGGUCCCGACCUAUUCCACACCCGAGUCACUCCAUCCGGAACAUUCGAUCUCUUGGGUGCUGGGUUCAACAAGCUACAGUUGUUGUUGACGACUGUAGGGUUGAGUGUGGCGACUGUGGUUGUGCGGCCGCUUGUAGCGAGGAAGCAGCAGCAUGCGGUGUGGUAUCAGUGA